AUGAUGUGUGAAGUGAUGCCAACGAUAAACGAGGACACCCCAAUGAGUCAACGGGGGUCCCAGAGUAGUGGGUCGGACUCGGAUUCUCACUUUGAACAACUGAUGGUGAACAUGCUAGAUGAAAGGGAUCGUCUCCUUGAUACCCUUCGGGAGACUCAGGAAAGCCUGUCGCUUGCACAGCAACGCCUUCAGGAUGUCAUCUACGACAGAGACUCCCUCCAGCGACAGCUCAAUUCAGCACUGCCACAGGACUUGGAAGUUCUCCAUUCUGACCUGGCUGGUUCAAGUGGAAUGAAUGGCCCAGAAUUCGCUGCACUGACAAAAGAGUUAAAUGUGUGUAGGGAGCAACUGCUUGAAAAAGAAGAAGAGAUUUCAGAACUCAAGGCCGAAAGAAACAACACAAGACUGUUACUGGAGCAUUUGGAGUGCCUUGUUUCAAGACAUGAAAGGUCUCUGAGGAUGACGGUAGUGAAACGGCAAGCACAGUCCCCCUCAGGAGUUUCCAGUGAAGUUGAAGUUCUCAAAGCACUGAAAUCUUUGUUUGAGCACCAUAAGGCUUUGGAUGAAAAGGUAAGGGAACGACUGAGGGUUUCUUUAGAAAGAGUCUCUGCACUGGAAGAAGAACUAGCUGCUGCUAACCAGGAGAUUGUAGCUUUACGUGAACAAAAUGCACACAUUCAAAGGAAAAUGGCAUCCGGAGAAGGGCCUGCUGAAUCCGAACAUAUUGAAGGAAUGGAGCCAGGGCAAAAGGUUCAUGAAAAGCGCCUAUCAAAUGGCUCUAUAGACUCAAAUGAUGAAGCCAGUCAAGUGGUGGAACUACAGGAACUGCUCGAAAAGCAAAAUUAUGAAAUGGCACAAAUGAAGGAACGUUUGGCUGCACUAUCUUCCCGAGUGGGGGAAGUAGAGCAGGAAGCAGAGACCGCCAGGAAGGAUCUAAUUAAAACAGAAGAAAUGAGCACUAAAUAUCAAAGGGACAUUAGAGAGGCUAUGGCACAGAAAGAAGAUAUGGAAGAAAGAAUCACUACCCUUGAGAAGCGCUACCUCAGUGCACAGAGGGAAUCCACCUCCAUACAUGACAUGAAUGAUAAACUGGAAAAUGAACUGGCAAAUAAGGAGGCCAUCCUGCGUCAGAUGGAAGACAAAAACAGACAGCUGCAAGAACGUCUUGAGCUCGCUGAACAGAAGCUGCAACAGACAAUGCGGAAGGCUGAGACCUUGCCUGAAGUGGAGGCUGAACUAGCUCAGAGAAUUGCAGCACUGACUAAGGCAGAAGAAAGACAUGGUAACAUUGAAGAACGUAUGAGACACUUGGAAGCUCAACUUGAAGAAAAGAAUCAGGAACUUCAAAGAGCAAGACAAAGAGAGAAAAUGAAUGAGGAGCACAACAAAAGAUUAUCAGAUACUGUAGACAGACUUUUGACAGAAUCCAAUGAGCGCCUGCAGCUACACUUAAAAGAGAGAAUGGCAGCACUUGAGGAAAAGAAUGUUUUAAUUCAGGAAUCUGAAAGUUUCAGGAAGACCCUGGAAGAAUCUUUACAUGACAAGGAAAGAUUGUCAGAAGAAAUUGACAAACUGAGAUCUGAACUUGACCAGUUGAAAAUAAGGGCUGGCUCUUUAAUUGAACCUACAUUAUCAAGAUCUCACCUUGACACAUCAGCAGAACUGAGGUAUUCUGUGGGUUCCUUGGUUGAUAGCCAAUCUGACUACAGGUCAACUAAAGUGAUAAGGCGACCCAGAAGAGGUCGUAUGGGGGUCCGGAGAGAUGAACCAAAGGUGAAAUCUCUUGGGGAUCAUGAGUGGAACAGAACUCAGCAGAUUGGAGUCUUGAGCAGCCACCCAUUUGAAAGUGACACCGAAAUGUCUGAUAUUGAUGACGAUGAUAGAGAAACUAUUUUUAGCUCCAUGGAUCUUCUGUCACCAAGUGGGCAUUCAGAUGCCCAGACUCUGGCCAUGAUGCUUCAGGAGCAACUAGAUGCAAUCAACAAAGAAAUAAGGUUAAUUCAAGAAGAAAAAGAAUCAACAGAACUGCGUGCUGAAGAAAUAGAGAACAGAGUAGCUAGUGUCAGUCUAGAAGGCUUGAAUCUGGCUAGAGUUCACCCAGGUACAUCUAUCACUGGAUCAGUGACAGCUUCAUCGCUUGCAAGCUCUUCUCCUCCUAGUGGGCACUCGACCCCUAAACUCACCCCUCGCAGUCCAGCCAGAGAAAUGGAUCGCAUGGGGGUCAUGACACUGCCAAGUGAUCUAAGGAAACAUCGACGAAAGAUUGCAGUGGUAGAAGAAGAUGGACGUGAAGAUAAAGCCACAAUAAAAUGUGAAACCUCUCCUCCUCCAACACCCAGAGCCAUCAGGAUGACUCAUACCCUUCCUUCUUCAUACCACAAUGAUGCCAGAAGUAGUUUGCCUGCUUCACUGGAGCCAGAAAGUAUUGGUCUUGGCAGUGCCAGUAGCAGCCAGGACUCCCUACACAAAGCUCCGAAGAAGAAAGGAAUCAAGUCUUCAAUAGGACGUUUGUUCGGUAAAAAAGAGAAGGCUCGACUUGGACAGCUCAGAGGUUUUAUGGAAACAGAGGCUGCAGCACAGGACUCUCUGGGAUUAAGCAAACUGGGAACUCAAGCAGAAAAAGACCGAAGACUAAAGAAAAAGCAUGAACUUCUGGAAGAAGCUCGGAGAAAGGGAUUGCCUUUUGCACAAUGGGACGGGCCUACAGUGGUUGCAUGGCUGGAGCUGUGGUUGGGAAUGCCUGCAUGGUAUGUUGCUGCUUGCCGUGCAAAUGUGAAGAGUGGAGCCAUAAUGUCUGCUUUGUCUGAUACUGAGAUUCAGAGAGAAAUUGGAAUCAGCAACCCUCUCCAUCGCUUAAAGCUCCGACUAGCAAUCCAGGAGAUGGUAUCACUUACGAGUCCAUCAGCUCCUCCCACUUCUAGAACACCCUCAGGCAAUGUUUGGGUGACCCAUGAAGAAAUGGAAAAUCUUGCAGCUCCAGCCAAAACGAAAGAGUCUGAGGAAGGCAGCUGGGCCCAGACCCUUGCUUAUGGUGAUAUGAACCAUGAAUGGAUUGGUAAUGAAUGGCUCCCCAGUCUGGGUUUACCUCAGUACCGAAGUUACUUUAUGGAGUGCCUGGUAGACGCAAGGAUGUUAGAUCAUCUGACGAAGAAAGAUCUCCGCGUGCAUUUAAAAAUGGUGGAUAGCUUUCAUCGAACGAGUUUGCAGUAUGGGAUCAUGUGCUUAAAGAGGCUGAAUUAUGACAGAAAAGAACUGGAAAGAAGAAGAGAAGUGAGUCAGCAUGAAAUAAAAGAUGUAUUGGUCUGGAGCAAUGAUCGAGUCAUACGCUGGAUACAGGCUAUUGGACUACGAGAAUAUGCAAAUAAUGUCUUAGAAAGUGGUGUACACGGAUCACUUAUAGCCCUGGAUGAAAACUUUGAUUACAGCAGUUUAGCUUUAUUAUUACAGAUUCCAACACAAAACACCCAGGCACGGCAAAUCCUUGAGAGAGAAUACAACAAUCUUUUAGCACUAGGAACUGAGAGACAACUUGAUGAAAGUGAUGACAAGAACUUCAGACGUGGCCCUUCCUGGCGAAGACAAUUUCCUCCACGUGAGGUCCAUGGAAUCAGCAUGAUGCCUGGCUCCUCAGAAACACUUCCAGCUGGAUUCAGAUUAACUACAACAUCAGGGCAGUCACGAAAAAUGACAACUGAUGUUGCUUCAUCACGAUUGCAGAGGUUAGACAGCUCUACAGUUCGCACAUACUCAUGUUGA